AUGGGUACCAUCAACAUCCAAACGGCUGGGUGGGGCUUCCGUGGGGAUAGCAUUAAAAGAGGCGCCAUAGAUGGGAAGCAAGGCUACCGAUUCACUGAGGCUGUAAUCGACACAGAUGAUCACAUCCCGGAUGCUGCAGUUAACCUCCCCGGGUUUUCGUGCUUCAGGCGCGAUAGAACACACACGUCUGGUGGUGGUGUAUGCGUUUACGUCGACUCUAACAUCUCGUGCACAAGACUGUCUGACUACGAAUCACAGGACAUCGAAUCGAUAUGGAUUGAUGCUAGACCACGCAGGCUCCCUCGCAAAAUCUCCAGGAUAUUACUUGGAUCUGUAUACCACUCCACUAGUUGUGGCGAGGUUGAGAACUGUAGGCUCCUAGAACAUCUGCAGUCUAAUACUGAGAGCUUCCUACGUAAUCAUCCAGAGGGACUUGUUCUUAUCUGCGGUGAUUUCAAUCCCACAAGUACUCGGUUCAGUGUAGUCGCUACAAAGCGUGCUACGGGUCUCUCUCAGAUCGUCAAAGUACUGACCCGUGAUACCGGCAUCCUCGACUGGUGCCUUACCAACAUGCCCAACUCCUUCGCUCCUGUGUGCCAGCUGCCAAAGAUUGGAAGAUCCGACCACUACACGUUGCUUAUAGCGCCUAUUCUGAGGUCUCUCAAACCUAGGGCUAAGACAACUAUUUGGAAACGUGACCUCCGGCCCAGUAAGAUCCGGGACUUUGGCUGUUGGAUAACGCAGCAGCGCUGGACCGAAGUAUUUGACAAACAGCUGGUCUCUGAAAAAUUCCAAGCAUUUUCGGAUGUUUUGUAUAUGGCUGUCGAUAAGUAUCUCCCUCUCAGGAAGAUAUCGAUUUGCAGUAGUGAUAAACCGUGGGUAUCCAAUAAGCUCAAGUACCUUGUUUCCAAACGCCAAAAGGCAUUACAUCAAUUUGGAAAUGACUCACCGCAAUUCAAAAUGUACAGAAACUCUGUUCAGGAAGAGUGCAAAAAAAGCAAAGCCUCUUACUAUAAGACCAAAGUCGCCAAACUCAAGAAUACCAAUGUGAAAAGGUGGUGGAAAGAAGUCAAGGGUCUAUCUGGGGACAGCGGGUCUUCACGUGACUGGUCUCAACAGAUGUUGUGUGACGACAUUCCAACAACCUCUGACCUAGCUACUAGAUUUAACAAUUUUCUCGGUAGUUUAACUGCGCACUUUGAACCACUCCCGCCUCAAGCACCUGGGUCAUUCUACCAGGUCCCUGAUGAUCUGUUGAUCGAUAAUAGGCGUGCGUACCAGGCCCUCCGCCAGGUGAAAACCAACAAGUCAUCUGGUCCUGAUCCAAUUCCAGCUAGGAUCUGGAACACCUUUGCAAUCGAACUCGCUCCUGUGGUUUGCGAUCUAUACAAUGCGUCGCUCAUUCAAGGAUACGUCCCUGCUCCACUAAAGCAGUCUGAGAUCUCGCCCAUCCCCAAGUGCCCCCGCCCUAAAGUAGUCGAAGAUGACCUACGGCCGAUCGCCUUGACAUCACAACUCGCCAAAGUACUGGAAGGGUUUACGCUUCAGCCACUAUUCCAUCAAGUGCUACAUCAACUGGACUGGUUACAGUUUGCAGUUGCUGGGAAGUCUACUACUGAAGCGCUGGUCUAUGUGAUGCACAUAAUUUUCGAGGCUCUCGACAAAGGGGACUGCUGGGUCAGACUGUUUUUUUCUGACUUCAGUAAAGGCUUUGAUUUAGUGGACCAUAACGUUCUAAUAGCAGAAAUGAGUCACCUAGGUGUCCAUGAAUGUAUCAUUCGAUGGGUGUCGUCAUUUGUAUCCAACAGGAGUCAGUAUGUUAAGAUAAGGGAUUCACGCUCCCAUGUAAUAUCACCUAAGGGAGGAAUCCCACAGGGCACCAGGCUAGCUCCGUUACUAUUUGCAAUAUUGGUGAAUAGGUUAGCGCGCGACUGGCAGUAUCGCAUCAAGUAUGUAGAUGACGCUACAGUUUUUGAAAUUGUUCCAAGAAAUUCUCCUAGCUACCUUCCGUUUGUUGCGAAUGACAUAAAUAGCUAUGCCCUUGCACGCAAUAUGCGCCUUAAUGCCAAGAAAUGCAAAGAAAUGGCCAUGUGCUUCCUUACUUAUAAUUCUACUGAGCUUGCUCCUAUGCUCAUAAAUGGUUGUGUUAUUGAGCGCGUGGAUUGCUAUAAGUUGCUUGGUGUCCACAUCACCAGUGACUUCUCGUGGAAUACUCACUGUGAUGCUAUCGUGAAGAAGGCCACCAAGCGUUUGUAUGCAAUCGGACGAGAACCCAAACAAAUAACAGCCAUCAAGUACGACGACGGAAGCACGAAAACCGUUGAGGACAUCCUAACCUUCAUCGAAGGUAAGAUACUACCCGUGUCUAUUUACGAAAUGAUCGAGUAUAGAGACCUUAACGGCGUAAUUGACGAAAGCAAGUCAUACCAGUCCAGAAACGACCUCCACCGCAACUGCGAAUCCAGCGAGGAGGAACACGGCAAAUCCAACUCCGUAGAAUACGAGUCCAAGUCUGACGAACACGAGUCUGACUACGACUCGGAGAGCGAAGAGGACGGCAUGAUCCGAUCCAGUGACAUCAAACUAGCAAUCGACUGA